AUGAGUGAUCAGGAGCCGGGAGAUGGCCUCCAGCGCCUUCGUCUCAGGGUGCGUCUGUGGAUCUACGGCAUCGCUAUCGUGUUCAUUGUCCUGGCCAUCGGACUGCUCAUCCUGCCGGACCUGAUCAAGGGAUAUCCCCUGGUGCCGGACAGCGUGGCCACCUAUUGUUUCUUUGGCAUUGGCUUGGUUUCCCUGUGUGUCUUUGUGUCCGUGACCUGGCUGCGUCAAUUCCCCAUCAAUUGGAUUAUGAGCUGCUCCAUUGCAGCCUGUCUAGCCUUGGGAACCGUCUGUGUCCUGUCCGAGCAGCCAGCUGGACAUGCUCUGCUCUUGAGUCUGGAAAUCCUCAUAAUGAUGGCCCUUCUACUGCUGAUUGGCUCCCUGCUGCUGCCCCAGUGUCCCAAGUUGGCCUACCUAUUCCUCACCUGGUUCAUAUUCGUGGUGCUGUCCAGUGUCCUCAUGGUCGCAGUGGCUGUCCACCUGGAAGAUCGCUUACUCGUCUACGAAGUAGCCGUUCACUUUGUGCUCUGGCAAGUCGGAUUCCCGGUGGUAGUGUUCCAGGCUCAGGUGAUCUCCGGUUAUUGGGACAACCUGCCGCCGCUCCUCGACAAGCCGCUCUGCUCCACCAUGCUGCUGUUCGACUUCCUCGCCUGCUACGCCGUUCUGGACUCCGCCGGUGACAUUGGAUACGAACUCUUCUACGUCAGCCGAGCGUCGAACCAGAAGUUUAUGGCCAGAGUCAUUGAGAGCCAAAUGUGAGAAGGAGCAGGGACUUUUCAAAUUGGAGAGUUCUGCAACAGCCUGCCCAGAAGGGGGAAAUAGCUUACACAUAUAAAUUUAUGGAAAUUACGAAGCGCUAGAUAAAGUUACAAAGAUAUAUUGAAGAGUAAAAUGGUUAAACAUU